GUCUUGCUUCUCUCCAAUCCGUCGUGGUUUCCUGUCUGUCCUGUUCAACUUUUCCCAGUAUACAACAGUUCAUCGGAGAGCGGCCCGCAUCGGCCGAGAGAAGUUGUACUUAUAGCAUGAUCGUGUCUACUCACGAGACGAGUCGAUCCCAAGGGGCAUACCAUCGCCCAUUGUAUAUAGCUGAUAACAUUCUCCAGACUCCUUUUGCAAUAUUUUCUUCUUUUAUAACUAACUUAUCAUCAUCGUCAUGUUGCCUCGUAUCAUGCUCUGCGGAAGAAUCGUCUGGGCACAUCAGGAUGUCAAGGAGCUUUUCAAUGGGAUUGCUGAAGUGAUACCUAUGAAUUCUCCUAACCGAGCCGACUUUCUUGCAGGAUUCAAGCCUGGUGGUAAAUAUGAGGGAACCGUCGGGAUAUACAGACACAACACAUCUGCAGAUUCUAUUGGUGUAUUUGAUAAGGAAAUUAUUGCUGCACUUGUGCCUCAAGUCAAAUGGAUAGCUCACAAUGGAGCUGGAUAUGAUCAAAUUGAUGUAUUGGAAUGUAAAGCGAAAGGUAUCUAUGUGUCGAACACCCCCGGCGCAGUCGACGAUGCUACAGCCACGACCGCCUUGUAUCUUUUAAUCGCCUGUCUUCGCCACUUCUCUUAUGGAGAACGCAGCCUGCGUGAACUAAAGUGGAAAAAACCUAUCUCGGCGGGGGCUACUCAUGACCUGACCGGACGCACACUGGCCAUUUUGGGCUUAGGCGGUAUAGGUUUGCGGUUGGCGUACCUUGUGCAUGCUUUCCCCAUGCGUGUCAUAUAUUACUCGAGACACCGCAAUGACGAUGCCCCUGAAUGGUGCGAAUAUGUGGAUAGCAUGGAGGAACUACUUGCACAGGCCGACGUACUCAGCGUACACGUCCCACUCAGGAAGGAAACAGAGCACCUUGUCGGAGAAAAGGAGAUACGUGCGAUGAAGAAGGGGUCCAUCAUCGUCAACACUGCGCGGGGGAAAGUUAUCGACGAAGAAGCUAUGAUUAGGGCCCUGGAGGAUGGACAUCUCUCGUCUGUGGGUCUGGAUGUUUACGCAGACGAGCCUUCUGUGAACCCUCGUUUACUUGACUUCCCCCAAAAUGCGCUUCUACCACACAUGGGCACGGAGAACCAGGACUCUCAGAGGAAGAUGGAAGUACGCGCUCUAACAAACCUAAGAGACUUCCUUAUACAAGGGAAAGGAAACGAUAUUGUGCCCGAAAUGAAAAGCAAGUUGUAAGGUGAAGGAAAGAUGCGAGGGAGGGUUAUGUGGUGGACCUGCCUAGACGUCGCUUGGCUAGGUUAGGGGGGAUCGAAGUGUUAAGAUAUUCUAGUGUAGAUAUCUGUUUCUAUCAAUUAAAUCAACAAAUCGAUGGUGUAAAGGCUAGCUUCCACA